AUGUACAAGCUGGGUCAGAUUGCCCCAACCCAGAUACCAGUCGCGGCAGCGGACCAAUUCGAGGAGGCUCCAAAACUUGAAGCCCUGAAGUCCUCAGAGUGCACCGAUGCUGCGCUUGGUACGGAGCGGGCAAGGUCGAAGCGCAGUGAGAUCGAAGGUCGAAGCAACAGCAGAUUGCGAGACUUUCUUGCAUCCCAGGGCUUCUCGGAGGAUGUCAACGUCCCACGAGUCUUCUGGACGCCCUGCGGAGCCCAACAGAUCUUCCCUCUUCAUGUCGCUGCAGAGCUAGGUCAUCAUGAGAUUGUCGACCUUCUUAUCAAAGCUGGUGCUAAGCUGAAAAAGAAGAACUCAUCAAAACAGACGGCAUUGGAUGUUGCGCUUCGUGCAGACAGGCACGGCUCACAUCAGCUGGUGGUUCAUCGGCUGAAGACUCAAGUCCUCAGUGCUCGGCAAGCCAGAUGCAUGAUGGACACUUGA